CGGCAACAAGGGCACAUCAUCGAGCUUUCCCACUACACCCUCGAAUAGCGGAAUUCAUUCUCAACUGCCUUGACCACCAGCGUUCCGUCGUCCAUCAAAUCUUAACACAUUAGCAGCAAAGUCGACCUCCGUGUCAUGGGCGCGGCCUCAGGAAUCGCCCUGCGGGGCACGCAACUCUUCAUCCGAACGAUACAGUUCUGCUGCGCUGCCAUCGUGCUGGCCAUUUUCUCGUACUUCCUCGCGACCCUGAACAUACACAACUUGCCGAUCGGCGUGUGGGUUCGGGCGGUGGAAGGCAUCUCGGGUGCCGCCGUUCUCUACACCGUUCUCGCCCUGCUUCUGCUCUGCUGCGUCGCCGGGCAUUCGUUUCCCUCAUUCGUCGGGACCGUCUUCGACGUGGCCUUCAUCGCCGGCUUCAUCUACAUCGCGUUUGAGAACCGCGGAGGCGCGUCGUCCUGCACCGGGGAGGUGGACACGCCGUAUGGUAGGGGGAAUGCGGAUACCAACGUGGUGGACAACGGCAGCGGCGGGCUCACGACGCUGCCGAGCCUGCGGCAGGCCUGCAAGAUGGAGACGGCCUGUUUGUCGGUGUCGAUCGUGGCCAUCUUCUUCUUCGCCCUCUCUCCCUUCGUGAGCCAUGCUCUAGUCCGCCACCGCCGGAAGGAGAAGCGCUUCGGCCCGUCCCCGGCAAACAACUACACCGAGGGCUCCGGCGCUGCGCCCAAGCGCUUCAACUUCUUCGGCCUCGGCCGCAAGCGGACGGCUGCGACAGAUGCGGGCCCAGACCCCAAUGCGUUGCCGAAGCACACCACUCCGAAUGACAUCCGCGAGAGUUAUGCGACCGAGCAGACCCGUGUAGGCAGCAGUGGCGGCGGGUACGGCGGCCUGGGCGACGGCACCGACAAGUAUGAGUCGCCGUGGGCGAAUCGCGGGAACGACAUCCCGCUGGCUCAUUAUCCCAACGCGAGCACGGGGUACCGGUAUGAGAACAACGGCGACGUGUACCGAUAAGGGGAGACGACCGGGCCGGUAGGACUGAACUGUGAAGGUGCAACAAUCUGGCAGAGUUUAGUAACCCAACGGAAGUGAAGACGUGGACGUAAUCAAUACGUUUUCGAGCAAAGGGUCG